AACGACUCACACAUACACACCACUUACAGCCGUAAAAACUCAAACACAAUGACCCGCGACUCAACAGCCACAUAUCUGCACAUGCACGCGUCGCACCACGCCGAUCUGCUGGAACAAUUCACAAACUUAACAUCGUCACAGCUGGCGCCCGAAGACAUCUACGUCCCGCCGCAUCUGCAGCCCGUGAACCCGGAAGACGAAGACGACGUGGUGCCGGAUCAGCACGCGGCGUUUGGAAUCCAGCGCGCGACGCAGGGCAAGAAGGAGCCCACGUGGCGCGAUCUGGGGCUCGAAGAAUUGCUGAGGCGCGGGCCGGCUGGUGCGGAGAGGAGCGGUGCUGCGGGUGCGAGUAGGGUUGCGAGCGGUGGUGGUGGUGGUGGUGGGCAGACAGGUGAAGAACCUGUGAGGCUGGCGCUGGCGAGGCAGCCCGGUGCUAGAGUGGGUGUGAGGAUGGCGCAUACGGGGACGGAAAUGAGUUCGGCGGGAGGAGGAGCGGGCAAUGGGUUACCGCGUUGAGUUGAGAGUGCUGUGUGUGCAUGAGUGAGAAGAGAAGAGAAGAGAAGUGUUUUGGUGUUUCCCAAGAGUCCUGGUGGCUGUGUGGAGAUCAGAGCGGAUACGCGUGCAAGGGAAUGCGGCGUGGUUCUGCCAUGGCUUGACUGAGAGUAGUCUGUUCCUGUUGGCAUCGACAGUCGUAUAACGAGACAGUUGAGGCUUGCUGUGCGUGUCUGACACUCGCACAACAAAGAGAAAGGACAUGGAAACGGGGCAGAGAGACUUGGGCACUCUGCACUGCGACGACGAGACGCAACAGCAGUGUCUCGAGGGAGUCCGAAUUGGGAAAAAUUGAUUUAUGGGAAUCAUGAAAACGACACAUGCUAUAACAAUCGACCCAAAUGAUAUUUAUAUUUGGAUUAGCGCAACAACCAUAAUACAUAAUGACUACU